UAAGUAGGCUUUACGUCUAAACUUCAAAGUGAUAACUAUUCAGUCACUUUUUCGAAACAGGGAUCCUCAGUAUAUGCUUUGAGCUACACAGACCUACAACAAAAUAUAUAUCCACUGUAUUAAGGAGCCAACAGACAUUUCCUUCUUUCCAAUUGCGGAUGGAUGAGAAAAAAAUAACCUUUGACCAAAUGAACUUGGGCUCCCCCGUGCACUCCGAUCCAUAUGAACAUCACUUCGACCCAAGUCACAUUGACAAAUCAACGCCGGCACAAAAAGUAAAGACUGUUGCAGUGAACAAUGAAGAUCUGAAGAGGCAGCUCCGCAAGGAGGCGGUACACAUUUUGCCCGAGAUCUUUGUUAAAAACCCCGAUAGCUCGGACGAUUCUGACGAUUUCGAUAUCCCAGAGACCAUGCAGGAGAGGGCGCGCCGCCUUUGCUUCGCACGGCGCCGGAAGCUGCAUUACACGGAGUUCACAACAGUGGCGCUGGCCAGACGCCUAAUCCACGAGGAGUUCGCCAAUUUCUCCGAGAGCGUGGAGAGCGAGGACAUACGCUUGGAGGCCGCCAUUACCGACGAGGAGUGCCCGCCAUGCGAGGAGUCGACAAACACGUACCCCGUUAUCCAGUACUUCCGCUCCACGCUUCUGUCCCAUGUCUCAGACGAUAGCCUUGUGAAGGAAGAGCCGGAGCCGGGCUUCGAUCCGACCCAUCCCUGCUAUCAAACUCUGACCGGGCAAAACAGAGACCAACCCGAAUCGGACCCCGAUUCCGAACCGUUACUCCUCCGUAAAGAGCCAUCAAUGCCAGUUAAUUUGGACAGUCCUGGGGAUCUGUUCCCCGCAUUCGCCACUUUACCCAAGGCCGAAGGGCGCACCCCCGCCUCCUCCGUGGUGGUGGAUCGGAGUAGCCGACCGAAGCACACUCGAGUCCAAGAAGGCGAUAAGACCUUCGACCUCGUAAUGCGACAGUUGCCAAAGAAGAAUGAUAAGUCGAAGAGCAAGCCGAAGCUCAAGGACAAUGUGUUGAGGGCGUCAACGAGAGUCAAUUCUGUACAGAUUCUUUAGAAACUCUGCCCUUCUUAAGAAUAUAAAUAACUGUCAAUGUAGCAAGUGCGCGAUCAGCAAAAAAUAUAAUUUUGAAGGACUAA